UGGUGCAGUUUCAAGAUGGGUGCUAGUUAACAACACACGUGAGAUAUUUUAACUAAGUUUAUCCUUGCAUACUGUUAUAUAACCACGACCGUUUUAGAUAUAUCGUGGCAUUAUCGCAUUGUGAAGCUGUGAGGAGUUGUUCUUCAAAAAAAUGGGGAAAUCAAAGACCAAGUAUCAGAAGAAAGCGCGUGAAGCUGCCAAUAAUCUGGCAGAGGAGACUUAUGGCAGUGUGCCGCACACCUUCGUGUUUCAUCGUGGACAGAUCGGCAAAAAUGUCGGUCAGCUCGUUAUGGACAUGAGACGAGUUAUGGAGCCUUACACGGCGAUAUCUUUGAAGGCCCGGAAGAAAAACCUCCUAAAGGAUUAUGUUACGGUGGCUGGACCAUUAGGAGUCACACACUUCUCAAUAUUCACCAAAACUGAUAGCGGUAUAAACAUGAGGCUUGCACGACUUCCCAAAGGCCCAACGCUGUGCUUUCGUGUGGCUAAGUACACACUUAUCAAAGAUGUGGUUUCAUCAUUAAAGAGACAGAGAAUGCAUGACCAGCAAUUUACCCAUCAUCCUUUGCUGGUGCUGAAUAAUUUUGGCACAGUGGGCAUGCACAUCAAACUAAUGGCCACCAUGUUUCAGAACAUGUUCCCUUCCAUCAAUGUACACCAGAUCAGUCUCAACAGCAUAAAAAGAUGCGUGCUGAUAAAUUAUGAUCCCGUAUCCCAGGAGGUAGAGUUUCGGCAUUACAGUUUGAAGGUUGUGCCUGUUGGCAUGAGUCGAGGGGUAAAAAAGCUUAUGCAGGAGAAGUUUCCCAACAUGAGCAAGCUGGAGGACAUCAGCGAACUCCUUAUGAAAGGGGUAAAUCUUUCAGAAAGUGAGGCAGAGCAGGAUGGGGAUCACAACAUUACAGAACUCCCUCAGGUCUACUCUGGCCGAGGAAAUAUGGCUUCACAGCAGAGUGCAGUUCGACUAACCGAGAUCGGCCCCAGAAUGACCCUACAGCUGGUGAAGAUAUUAGAAGGCAUGGGAGAUGGAAAAGUGCUCCACCAUUCCAUCGUUUCCAAAACUGAGAAAGAGCUCCAGGAGAUACUGAAGAGGAAGGAGGCUCGUCUGAAGGAGAAGGCACAACGCAAGAUAAUGCAAGAAGAUAACAUUGCCCGGAAGAAGAAAAAAUUGGAAGAGAACAAGAAAAAGAGCUUGGAGGGCAUCAAGAGAAAACGCCAGCGGGAAGGGCAGGCGACGGAUGAUGAUGCAGUAGAGGAUCCUGGGAAGCAGGAUGAUCAGGUGGCAGCCGAGGAGUCAGAGGAUGAAGCAGAGUAUUACAGACAGGCUGUUGGAGAGGAACCUGAUGAAGACAUGUUUCCUGGGGCAAAAAGGAAGCAAAGUCCUGGCAAAUCGCCCAGACCCUUCAAAAAGAGGAAGAUGUCACCCGGAAAGGCUCCUCCUAAAGACAAACAGACUUUCAAGACGUCUGACAGAAGAACGAGCGAUAAAGGAAAACGUUUCGGAGAUAAAAAGACAGUAGAGGGCAAAAGCAGGUUUAUAAAAAGCGAAGGUGUGAAGAAGUUUGCCAAAAAGGGGGAAAGAGAAAAUAGGUUUGCGGGAAAGAGAACAGGAGCAACAGGCAAGAGAACAGGAGCAACAGGUCCGAAAACAGGAGCAGGAGGCAAGAAAUUUGGUGCACAGAAAGGGUUUAAAGGACGUGCUGCUGUGAAACUGCAGAAAGCUGCUGGUGGAAAAAAGGACUUCAAACACAAGAAAGGCAGGAGCUGAAGGAACUGAAAGUGAGGUUUGAGUGAGGCGGAACUCUUGCCUGACCCUUUUCGUCUUACAUCGAUGAUGUAUCAUUUUGCAAACAUGCAUGAGUGAUAAUGCCUGUCUUUUGUCAUACUUGUGCCCUGUAUAAAUGUUUAUUCACCCAAUCUGGUGUUUGUACCAAUAAAUAAUUUCUAAACA